AUUUCAGAUUAUAAAGAAGCGUUUUCGCUAUUUGACAAAGAUGGAGACGGGACUAUAACGUCUGGUGAGCUAGCUACUGUGAUGAGAUCUCUUGGCCAAGAGCCGUCUGACCAGGAGCUACAGGAUAUGAUCAACGAGGUGGACGCUGAUGGUAAUGGUACGGUAGAUUUUGAAGAGUUUCUUCAGAUGAUGUGCCGGAAGUUAAAGAAAGCUGAUAGUGAGGAAGAGCUCCGCGAAGCAUUCCGUGUGUUUGAUAAAGACGGUAAUGGAUAUAUUAGUUCUAAUGAAUUGAGAUUUGUCAUGUCUAAUCUGGGAGAGACUCUAUCUGACAAGGAAGUUGAUGAGAUGAUUAGAGAGGCUGAUGUAGAUGGAGAUGGCAUGGUGAACUACGAUGGUAAGUAA